AUGCCUCCCAAGGUGACAGAAAUAUUGAGGGGUCCUAUACCCCCGGCAGAUGUGACAAAACAGACCACAGAGGCUUCCGAAACCAUGACUGGCAAGUCAAGCAACCACCGAAAACUUAAGGAGCACCCGGUCGUAAUUGAAACUGGUUGGUGUAUAGCCUGUUUUCGAGCUGCCUUGCGGGACUGGAAUGAGGCUGCCUGGGAGCAGCCUUUGAAGGUGAACUGCGUUUGGGAUGCUGUCACGUCUAGACUAUGUCAGCGUUGUUACCGCGCGCGGGCCAAAUGCGAAAUGUUGUAUGAAGGGAUCCGUGGCCAUGGGUUCGAACUACACGCUUUGUUGGAGUGGGCAUCGGAGUUUUGGAUUAACGAGGAGUCUGGUUUUGGAGCGGCCGAGGAUGUCGGGCUUAUUCACGACCUUGACAGCGUUCGCGCUGCUGCCAUCGCUGUACGGCAGCUUUGUUCUGCCUUUGACUGCUUGGUGAAGUCCCAUGCUAGAGCUCAUGCCUUAGGUGGCAAGAAGCGUGGAGCUUCGGACAACUCUUCCUACACUCAAUACUGUGCAACUGCGCGUAACUCGAUGCAAAGACCGGCCCCUCUUGAUCCUCGUCCUGACGGCACUUCGUACCCGAAAAGUGUUCAAUUCGCACACCGUGCUCUUGAAAAUCUCCGUCUUGAUAUUAAUUCUAAUGUCGGGCUACCCUGGUAUGCUUCGGUUCUCUCUUUUCGACAAACUAUCCAGGACUUGAUCAAAGAUAAAUUUGACCACUCUGACCCUGCAACUGUGGCGUGGUAUGCAUACAUGCUGGAGACGUUCCCUAUUGUGACUCCUGAUAUCUGA